ACACUCACUGUCCAAUCUUCAGACUCUAAGAAAGUUUAUAUUCCUCUCCUUGUCUAUGAUGCAUCUAUUGCUACACUUAUGUUUGCCUUGUGUCGCUGCCCUUUUCAGCAUCCCUGUGACAACGGCAGAAACGCUCGCAGAGAAAGUCUUUUCGGCCACGGUGAAACUGGAGUUCUUCCUGUUGGCCAACUAUAUUCCUUUUCUUCUGGUUCGCUUCGCCAUGACCAUCGACAUGACCUUGCGGGUGCAUAAACUCGUCAAAGCCGUACUGUAAGCGCAGCACGCAGCGAAAUCUCGAUGAGGUCGCGGUCUAAUGCCGGACGAGGGGCUCAGUCUGAUGUCUUCUUGCGGUUGGCUUGUUCUUUUGACGCACUACGCAUAUAUCUGUAAGCAAGUAGCGACAUACUCGAGAAGCUAUGCGCUGUGGUCGUUUCGUCCCAGCCUGCCGGGCUACGCUUCGGUCUGUAGUUCCGAAUCGACCAAUCC